UCUCUAACAAGAACAACUAUGAUCCCUUCUCACAGUAUAAAAGUUACAAGAAGUUGAAAAAGGCUCAAGCCAAGAAGGGGAAUAAAUUUAUAGCUGAUCUGCUUAAUGAUCUUGACAUUGAAAAUAAAGAAAACUCAUUCGAGAAUGCUCCUCACAUCAAGAAGGAGUUGUUUAUGGUCCUUGAUGUGGUGGACCCCCAGUUCAACUUCCAAAAUGAGCUUAGUAAUUCCCAGUUGCUGAUCUUUGGUGAAGGGAUGAUGAAAGUACACUUCUUUAACUACACAUUCAAAGAUCCGACAAAUCCGAGGAAAAAGCAUUCUAUCAAGAAACAGAUACGCUAUUUCUUGAAGAAAAUGAGAGCUUAUGUAGCUCCAACUGAUAUUGACAUUAUCAACCCUACUUUUUGGCUGAACAUGAACGAAGCCCAGAUGCAUGGAGAAGGGACUGAAUCCGGCGAUAAUAUAGGCAUGGAGAACCUUCUUAGAAAGAUCAUGGAAAUUGAAAAAUUCACACUAAACUUUGAUUUAUCCAAUAAAGACUUUAGUUCCUUCACAAGGCCUUUGCUGACUAUUGAGAUAAAGAUCCAAAACUCGCUCAGCACCUUCUCUCCAACCAAUUGGUGGCACCUGGUUUUUGUACUGAAGUCCAUACUGUUCGCCACUGGUGAGGAAUCGCUCGAGAAGAUCCAAAAGGAGGAACUAUGCGAGGCAGAACUCAAAGAGAUCAAAAUUGACCGUCUUAGAGAAAUGAUCCAAGAGAAACUUCAGAGGAUGACCAGGAGCAACGAAAUGGCCAAUAGACCCAUUGUUGAUAAAAAGAUCCUAAUAGAUAUCAAUAAGGGAUGCCUCGAGCUCUUUGAUGAUAACAAGAAGUUCUCCAAUGUCGAUCUUGAUGGGCUUAAUGCUAGCUUCCUUGUCUACAACAGCAAGGAGACUAAGUUUGAUGUGGACUUCAAGAAACUCCUAAUUCAGAAUGAGAUGGAUGAGAAGACUGACGAAUACCGCUGGGUACUCUUCCCAGGCUUAGUCGAGAGCCGCAGAGAGAACAUAAUCCACAUGCUCAAAAUCCGCAUCAGAGAUAAGCUAGUCGUGGUUAAGAAGGCACAAUGGAAGGUUUUUGACCAGUUUGAGAUCUUCCUGGACACCAUGACUGUCAAACUUACAAGAAAUUUCUACAGGAAAAUCCAGAAGUUCUUACUGUAUAAAGAGGAGAAAAAGAAGCGAGCCGAAAACCAUUCAAUGCAGGACGAUAAGAAGAUCAACAUGUUGAUGCCAAGCAGGGAUAUGAACAACCUUGAGUCUAUAGAGGAGAUGAAGUCUUACCAAAAUUUUGACGAGAGACUCGAGUUCUCUGCUGACUCUUCUGGCACACCUGGCAUCGUUACUUAUAAUCCAGAAGAGCAGAAGAAUAUGUAUGACAGCUCGAUAGAUGAGCUUAGUGGUGAAUCUAGUGAUGAAGAUGCUAUAAUGGAGUCUACAACCCAAGCUUUUAGGGAUAUGGAGAGGAGGUUAGCCCAGAUGACUCCUAGAGAGACUGAGAAAAAGCCCAAGAAGACUAUCCUAGGAGAUCUGGGAAGCGCUAUAGCCAAGCCAUUUAAGACAGUCAGAAAUAUUAAGUCGAGAGAAAAGAAGGAGAAGAGCACUGCUCUUCCUGUCUUCUUCAGAUAUUUCAGUAUAAAUGAGAUUUGUGUGGUUCUGACCUACAAGCAUUCUGAAAGCUCAUGGCUCAACACCAAGAACUUGAGGAUAACUAUAAAGCCCUUUAUUAAGAACGCUAAAUUUAUGACGUUUGCAAGGAUGUUAGCGAAGUAUGAGAAAUUCUGUAAGAAAAACCUCAUUAAGCAACUCCCGAGCAUCAUUAAGCAGAAGAUCCUAAAAAUUUCGAUGAAUAUUGAGGACGACGAUGAUGAUAUUAAUGAUCUCAAUCCCAAUUCAGCAGAGUACAAGACUAAGAGAGCUAAGAAUAUCAUAUUUGGCAGAUAUGCUGAAUUAUGAUAA